AUUCAAAUCCUUUUGUUUUUAUUUCUUGUGUUCCGUUUUCAAACAUCUGAAUGCCAACUAGACAAGGUGCACAGCCACUGCAACUGCAACUUCCAACCUCGUCAAGGCAACUCACAACACAAUCAAAUAUUUCGAACAAAAAUAGGUUCUCUCUUGCAACACAAACAAACACCAUUGUCCACGUGACUCAACUUCCAUCCAACAACACUACCUGAGUUCUUCUUAGCUUAUUGAAGGAAAUUUGUCUUGACCCGAAUUUUUUAGAUUGCAUUUUCACCCCAUAACGGGAUUAUCAAAGUUUGAAUUUUUUUAGAGAGAAGCUGAAGUGAUGGUGAUGAAGGGAAGAGAUGAAGAGCUCUCUUUGUUCCUCGAGAUGAGGAGGAGAGAGAAAGAGAAUGAGAAAAACAAUCUUCUUCUCCUUCAAAACUCUGAAGAACUUGAUUUGCCCAAUUUCGAAUCUAAUCAUGGGGGCUCCGUGAUUUCCAAGAUCGUGUCUUCGGUGCCACCAAGGAAGAAUGGAGUUGAAGAGUUCUUGAAUUCAGAGAAUGACAAGUCUGACUAUGAAUGGCUUCUUGCACCACCAGAUACACCACUUUUUCCUACAUUAGAGAAAGAAUCACAAUUAUCAAUAAAGAGUGAACAGGAGACUCAUAAUGCUCGUCCAACAGCUUUAAAACCUAGGGUAGCUAAUAUCCAAGCAGAACCUGCUUCAAGAAGCAAUGCAGUUUCUAAACAUCAUGCACCAAUGCCAGGAUUAGGUUCUUCCACAAAUGGUAGCAGAAGACCUUCUUCAUCUGGGGGUCCAACCUCAGCCACUUCAAGAUCUUCAACUCCAUCUGGAAGGUCAACAAUACCUUCAACAACCAAAUCCUCUAGGCCCUCUACACCUACCUCCAGGGCUACCUUAACAUGCGCAAAAUCAACGGCUCCACCAGCGAGAUCAUCUACUCCUACAAGAUCCACUGCCAGGUCCUCAACACCUACUACUACAAGGCCUUCCUUGGCACCUCCCAAGGCAUCUCAAAGAUCAGCAACACCAACACUUAGAUCAACAACCCCAUCAAAGGCAUUUGGAGCAUCUGCUCCUCCUACUAGGCCUUCAUCAGCAUCCAAAGCACGCCCUGCAGCUGCUAAGAAUCCAGUGCAAUCACGUGGAAGCUCUCCAUCGGUUCGAUCUAGACCCUGGGAACCCUCACAAAUGCCUGGUUUCUCUCAUGAUGCUCCUCCAAAUUUGAAGACAUCAUUGUUGGAUAGACCAGCUUCAGCCACUAGGACUAGGCAUGGAGCACCAAAUUCUAGAUCAUCUUCAGUUGAGACCAGUAGCAAUGGAAAAUCUAAAAGGCAGGCAAAUACCCCCUCCAAAGGAAGGACUUCAGCAGGGUUGGUCCACAAUAAUCACACCUCUAUGCAAGUUUUGAGCCGAACUCGUUUCACUGAUGGUGAUGAUGAGAGCCCAGUUUUGAUUGGGACAAAGAUGGUUGAAAGAGUAGUGAACAUGAGAAAACUGGCCCCACCAAAACAUGAAGACCACCAUUCUUCUCGUGACAAUUCUUAUGGAAAAUCUUCUUCUGGUAGCUCCGGAUUUGGAACUACACUUUCAAAGAAGUCUUUGGAUAUGGCAAUGAGGCAUAUGGACAUAAGGCGAAGCAUCCAGGGUAAUCUGCGUCCACUAGUGACAAGCAUUCCAGCUUCCUCAAUGUACAGUGUGAGAUCAGGUAGUUCCUCAAAGAGCAGAACAGUGAGUGUUUCUGAUUCCCCACUUGCCACAAGCAGCACUACCAGCUCUGAACCAAGUGUAAAUAACAAUUCCACCACAUCUUAUGAUGGAAGUGAGAUUGAAGAAAAUGAUUUUGGAAGUGAGAGGGGAUCACUGCUCUAGCCACUUUAUUUGUAUGUGGUACAACAAACAACACAGAUAUUCAUGUGAUACCGUGUUCUCUAGUUGAUGUGGUAAUGAAGAAAGUUUGUAGUAUAGUAGUACAUUGUCUCUGUGCCUCUAGUGUUCUGAUACAAUAGAAGUGUGCCUCCGGAUAUUUUAUGAGCUUUAUUAUAGGAGAGAACAUGAGCAUGUUUGUGUCACGAGGAUUGUUUGUACGGAACCUUGAACUAUCAAUUGACAAUCUCGUUCAAUUGUUACAAGCUACAUCUAUUUUUCAA